AUUGUGUUGGUGACAGAGUCUCUCCUGCUGACUUGUGGAACACUGAGGAUUACACACUUACAGACUCACACGCACACACAUACACACACUGUACUCAUUGCACACACUGCAAAAUACAGUAUGCACACACAGAGAGGGAAGAUCUGCAUGUAUCUGUGAGUGUAAACACAGAGCAAGCUAUAGCAGCUAUGCUCUCAUUCAAACUAUCACACAUGCUGGAUUUAUAGCAACACACAGAGGCGUAAGCUCAGUCUAUAUCUCUCCAGCACUGACAAACACACACAUGCACGUGGUCCUCAGCAGCGUUACAAGCCAGAGAUCAUGACGCCGACGUGUAAGAUACACAGAGCAGCUGAUAGAAAUCUCAUUCGAGUGAUGCAGACGACCGCACUGGAAUGGCUGCGGAGCAUGCUGAAGCAGCUGGAGGAAAAAGAUGUCGAUUUUGAAGAAAUCAAAAAGAAUCUGGAUUUCACUGCGUCAUUACUGGAGGCAGUAUACCUCGAUGGAACGAGGCAGUGUCUGGAAUCCGAGGACGACCUUCAGCAGCUGCAAUCAGACGGCGUGCCGUCAGAGGUCACUGAUUGGCUGGCGUCCACCUUCACUCAGAGGAUUCGACGCCCUGUGCGACGCUCAGACGAGAAGCCCAAGUUUCGCAGCAUUGUGCAUGCAGUGCAAGCUGGAAUAUUUGUGGAGAGGAUGUUCAAGAGGGCCUACACAGCAGCCAUGCCAGACCAACCUGCAGCGGUCGUAAACUGCCUUCGGGAUAUUGAUCGCUGGAGCUUUGACGUGUUUGCUUUGAACUCGGUCAGCUCCGAUCACGUACUACAGACUCUGUUCUUUGAGCUGAUCACCAGAUAUGAGCUCAACAGCCGUUUUAAGAUCCCCAUCUCGUGCCUGACAGAAUUCCUCUCUGCACUGGAGAGAGGAUACUGCAAGCACAACAACCCCUACCACAGCCACGUUCACGCUGCUGAUGUGACUCAGACACUGCAUUGCCUGCUGCUGCGCUCUGGACUCGUGCACUGGCUGACAGAGCUUGAAGUGAUGGCGUCGCUAUUUGCUGCAGCCAUCCAUGACUACGAACACACCGGAACUACAAACAACUUUCACAUCCACACAAAGUCAGAGUUUGCAUUGAUCUACAAUGACCGGUCAGUACAAGAGAGCCAUCACCUGAGUGCCGCAUUUCGCCUGCUGCAGGACGACCAAAUGAACAUCUUUAUUAAUUUGACACGAGAGGAAUGGAUGGAGUUGCGAUCACUCGUUAUAGAGAUGGUGUUGUCCACCGACAUGUCCUCCCACCUACUCCAAGUCAAAUCGAUGAAAUCCUGUCUACAACAACAAGAACGGAUUGACAAGCCCAAAGCGCUGUCUCUGUUACUGCACACGGCUGACAUUAGCCAUCCAUCCAAGCCCUGGGUUCUGCACUCUCGCUGGACCAAAGCCCUGAUGGAGGAGUUUUUCAGGCAGGGUGAUAGAGAGGCAGAGCUCGGCCUACCCUUCUCUCCACUGUGCGAUCGAAAAAGCACCCUUGUAGCCGAGUCCCAGAUUGGAUUUAUAGACUUCAUUGUGUAUCCUACAUUCUCUCUGCUGACGGACAUGGCUGAAAAGAUCGUUAUUCCUUUGGUGGAAGAGAACCCAGGUCCGCCAGACCCCUGCAACAGACAUAGUAAUGUUUGGAAGGAGAGCUCUAGAGGUCUGCAAUGGAGUCUCGCUCACAUCACAGCUGAGCUGGUGAGCUUCCGCUCUACUUGGACACGACACACCGAAGACAACAAGCUCAAAUGGAAGGAAAGUGGCUCAAAUGGAUUUUCAGACCCCAGUGUGACCAAAGGACAGAGAUCCAGACAAGAAGUGACGUCAGAAAAAUCCCUGCAAGACCCCACUACAGAUACAAAACCAUAGACGGGACUCCAUUUGUAAUAUGUGUUUGUUUCAAAGAAUAUCUACAAAGAUUAACUGAGGUUAACAGUGAGUCACUUUUUGUAACAAAAUCACAAUGCCUUUUAUUGUAUUGACUGAGAGACGGAGGAGGAGGGAUAUUUUAAGAUAUCUUCCCAAGGUAAGAUGCAGUGUAAUCACAGAAAUGUCCUUAUGUCUUAUUUUAAGUGUAGUAGACGACAAUAAUUUAAAUGCUGAGUAUACAUGCUGGUCGUGUUAUACAGAAUAGUCUGUGUCAUUAAUUUAAUUUGCCACCUAAACACAACAACAGGAGCGUUUGAAUUGUGCACCAAUCAUUUAACCUUGCAUUAAACUUUUAAUAUUUGCAA